CUAAACAUUUCACUUCGCGAAAAAUUAGACUUACCCUCGCAUCCUUCUCUCUCUCUGUCUCUCCCUCCAUACACCUCUCUGACCCUCGCCGUGUCUCUUUCCAUCCUCACUCGCGUUUGUUAAAACUAAACAACUAUUGGAACUGGACACAGUCAGGUUUUGGUGCUGUUUUCUUGUUCUUGUUCAUCCUACACUUCUGUCAUUCAUUCAUUUUCUUCCUCACCUCACGCUCUUCCUCUGUAAACUACUGUCGCGAGCCGUUCGCGCGGAUACUGAGAGAGAGAGAGAGACGAACUUUGGAGCACGUGACAACAUCUGGAGCUUCAUUUAUUUAUUCAUUUUAUACGUUUGUUUGUUUAUUUGUCUGCGUAUUUAUUUGCAACAUAUCUGCUUUUUAAAACAAGGACCUGGACAAAUAUGAAAUUGCUGGGUGACUCCUCCUCAUCGCUGCUCCUCUCGCUGCUGUUGGCUCAACUGCAUCUGUUAGCAUCUGCCUUCCCUGCCCACCCCCGGAGGAUCCAAACUGACUUUGACAAGCUGACCAAUCAGACCAGACACCUUCUGAAGCUGACUCAGGACCUACUGAAAGACCCGGUGUUUGGUGCAGAGAUUGAUCACCACAGGUUCAAGUCUCUUCCAGCAAUCAGCAGCAGAGUCAGUGACCUCACCACUCUGGAGUUCAAGCCUACUCUUUCUCAGCUCCAUGCGGACUUGAAGUCCUUCGAGCACCAUUUUGAGUGGCUGAACAGAAUAACACGCAGGCAGCACCACAGCUCAGUACCAAAGUUGACUGACAUGAUCUCCCACAUUAAGAGCCUCAUAAACUCCUUACAACGUCAGAUGACCAGAGCAGAGGCUCCCCGGAUCCCCGUUCCUUCUCCCUCACUUCCACCUAAUCCCGUCUUUCACUGGGAGGUGGUUCAGUCCUCUCAGGAACUCCUGCAGCAGUUCCGGCUCUUCUGUGACUGGGCCUCACGAGUGUUCCUUACCCUUAAAUCUAGAUUAACAGCAUGAGGAACCUCAACGUUUCUUUACAAUACAGCAAAAAAGGCCAGGACUCGAUCAUUAUUACAGUCCAGGGAUGGACUGGCCAUAGGGAGCAACGGGACUUUUCCCAGUGGGCUGAGUCGACUUGUGGGAAAAUAAUGAAAGGACUGAAGUUGAAUAUUUCAACUUAUUCUCUACUACCCAUUUACAACCUACCCUUGUUCAGUCUCAUUCAAACCUCCAUUACUGUUCGCUACCAAACCAAGUAUAAGCAUGAGAGUGAAUCUGUGCCUAACACAAUUCUGCAUUUCCAGUCAUGUACAAUAUGAAUAUUGCAUAUGGAACCAGGAAGACAAUAAUUGAUUUGGCCUAAUUUUAUUUCAGAAUGUUUUCUAUCAGCUGAAAUGUAGUGCCAUAGAAGUAUGACCUCUCAAAAAAUGAGGUCCAGUCCCAGUCCCAAGAUAGGGGUAAAUUGAGUCAUAAAAAGGGGCACAUUAAAUCAUUUGACACCAUAUUGGACAAAAGUUGAAUCAUGUGAGAAAGAUUUAAACAUCCCCCAAUGCUUUGUGCGAUGUUGUAGUGGGCGAUUAUCUGUGGUGGGUUGUUAUGGGCCUUGUAUGUCCCAGGCCCAUUUAUUUUUAGUCCCAGUCCAUCCCUGUCGCAGUCUGAAGCCUGAUCAUUGAAGGAGUCCGACCUGAAAAUAACAGUGCACUCCAGUCGACAUCCUGCUUCUGACGCUCCAUUUAACCGUAAACCUUCCUUUGCCUUUUCUUUUUUAUACAAUUCAAUUUUUCAGAACUAUUCGUAAUUUAUGUAUUUAUUUAUUUAUUGACUAGUUAUUUAUUUGAUGAUAUUAUUUAUUUGAUUUCUUGAUACACGUCAACAUUGUCAACAUUGUCAACAUUCUUUCAUUUGCAAGUCAAGAAGUGUACU